CGCGCCGCCCCCGCUUCCAGUUCUCGUGAGAAGCGUUCUGGCGCGGCUGGCGGGCUCAGGGCCGGUGUAGGUGCGCGGUGCGCUGCAGUUUCUCUUAAGUCGGCCACCCUUUCCCGGGACCAUGGCCACGGACUCCUGGGCACUGGCGGUGGACGAGCAGGAAGCAGCUGUCAAGUCGAUGAGCAGUUUGCAGAUCAAGGAAGAGAAAGUCAAACCAGAUACUAAUGGUGUUAUCAAAACCAGUACUACUGCUGAGAAAACAGAUGAAGACGAGAAAGAGGACAGAGCUGCCCAGUCCUUACUCAACAAGCUGAUCAGAAGCAACCUUGUCGAUAACACAAACCAAGUGGAAGUCCUGCAGCGGGAUCCAAACUCCCCCCUCUACUCCGUGAAGUCUUUUGAAGAGCUUCGGCUAAAACCACAGCUUCUCCAGGGAGUCUAUGCCAUGGGCUUCAAUCGACCUUCCAAGAUACAAGAGAAUGCCUUACCCAUGAUGCUUGCUGAGCCUCCACAGAACCUGAUUGCCCAGUCUCAGUCUGGCACAGGAAAGACAGCUGCUUUUGUCUUAGCCAUGCUCAGCCGGGUGGAACCAGCGGACAGAUAUCCCCAGUGUCUAUGUCUCUCCCCAACGUAUGAGCUGGCACUUCAAACAGGGAAAGUGAUUGAGCAGAUGGGCAAAUUUCAUCCAGAACUAAAGCUUGCUUAUGCUGUCCGAGGCAAUAAAUUGGAAAGGGGUCAAAAGAUCAGUGAGCAGAUUGUCAUUGGUACCCCUGGGACCGUCCUGGACUGGUGCUCCAAGCUCAAGUUCAUUGACCCCAAGAAGAUCAAAGUGUUUGUUCUGGACGAGGCUGAUGUGAUGAUAGCUACUCAGGGCCACCAGGACCAGAGCAUCCGCAUCCAGAGGAUGCUGCCCCGGAACUGCCAGAUGCUGCUUUUCUCUGCCACCUUUGAAGACUCUGUGUGGAAGUUUGCCCAGAAAGUGGUCCCAGACCCAAACGUUAUCAAAUUGAAGCGCGAGGAGGAGACCUUGGACACCAUCAAGCAGUAUUACGUCCUGUGCAAUAGCAGAGAUGAGAAGUUCCAGGCCUUGUGUAACCUCUACGGGGCCAUCACGAUUGCUCAAGCCAUGAUCUUCUGCCAUACCCGCAAAACAGCUAGCUGGCUGGCAGCAGAGCUCUCAAAAGAAGGCCACCAGGUGGCCCUGCUGAGUGGAGAAAUGAUGGUGGAGCAGAGAGCUGCGGUGAUUGAGCGCUUCCGAGAGGGCAAAGAGAAGGUUCUGGUGACCACCAACGUGUGUGCCCGCGGCAUUGAUGUCGAACAGGUGUCCGUUGUCAUCAACUUUGAUCUUCCUGUGGACAAGGACGGGAACCCAGACAAUGAGACCUACCUGCACCGAAUUGGGCGCACUGGUCGCUUUGGCAAG